AUGGCGAAAACAUACAAGGAGAUGAAGGAGGCCUGGGUGUCUGGUCACACGGGGAGCUCUGUAGCUGAUGUCAAUAGUGUUUCGCUCGCAAUGCCUCUGAGCAUCCUACUUUGGUCGGUCAUUCAAUCACGCAUGCGCGUGUUCACACCGUAUUCCCCUGCUGCUUGUUUUGUCGACUUUCUGCUCAAUUGUGGAGCUCCAUUGUUCGCUACGACCAUCUAUUCAUCUUCGCCGUGGGUGCUCAACCUAUUCCUGCUUCUUCCGGCGGCUGUACUUUGUGUACUGGAGCCACCGGCUUCUACGAAACGAGACGCCUCGCGGCCACCGAAGAAAGACAAACCAUCAGAAACCAAGCCGGAUAUGCUUCCUGUGAAGCCGUUCAUCACACACUACCGCGGGGCUAUGAUGAUCAUAACUUGCGUCGCUAUACUGGCUGUAGACUUUCCGGUCUUCCCACGCCGUUUCGCUAAGGUCGAGAACUGGGGCACGUCGCUGAUGGACAUGGGCGUGGGCUCAUUCGUCUUCACAGCUGGCGUCGUCUCCGUGCGAGCUUUCCUGAAAGAGGGAGCAGGUCGACGGCCAUCGCUGUCUAAGCGGUUGAUCACGUCAAUCAGACACUCCAUUCCGCUUCUUGUUCUUGGUAUUAUACGACUAAUCUCUGUAAAAGGCCUGGAUUAUGCAGAGCAUGUCACUGAGUAUGGCGUCCAUUGGAACUUUUUCUUCACGCUAGGCUUCCUGCCUCCUUUUGCUGCGCUUUUUCAAGCAGCCUUCGACUUGGUACCCUCUUACGCCGUUUUCUCAUUUGCACUGGCUGCUCUUUACGAGCUCGCCUUGAACAAGACUACACUGGGAGCUUUCAUACUUAUCGCGCCGCGGACCGACCUCCUGUCAAAGAACCGAGAGGGCAUAUUUUCUUUUGUUGGCUACCUUGCUAUCUUCCUUGCUGGCCAAUCUUUAGGAUCAUCAGCUUUACCGAGACAGCAAUCAUUACCGAAGAACACGUCGAUGUUCUCCACUGUCCGCCGGUCCAUACUAGGUAGACUGGCCAUAGCUUCUUUGAUCUGGACAGCGCUUUUCUACUUCUCGGUCAGCUACUACGGCCUUCGACUCUCAGUAUCCCGACGCCUGGCGAACCUUCCCUACUUUUUGUGGGUUUCUGCUUUCAACAGCUACCAAAUCACGAUAUGUUGUGCCAUCGAAACUGUGUUGUUUCCAAAUCUGUACAAAGCCUCGACCAAGGAAGAUGAAAUGCAGAGAAGUAGAGAAGCCACCAGCACUAUUUUGUACGCUUUCAACCGUAAUGGCCUUGCCGUCUUUCUAGUUGCCAACCUUUUUACGGGUCUGGUCAAUCUAACGAUGCCGACGCUGCAUAUGGGCCUAAUGCAAUCCAUGGCGGUUCUGGUGGGGUACAUGGCUACUGUUGCGGGAGUGGCCAUUGGACUGGACCGAUACAACAUCUCGAUCAAGUUGUAG